CCCAAGUGCGCGAAAAAGGAAAAACAACAACAAUAAAUACAUUUACAAUUAUAACAAGUGGCACAUCGGAGGAGGUCAAUGUGCGAAGAGCUUAUCAACCCAAAAAGUGAAACUACAAAUUUUUCAUAACUUUACACUGCCUUACGGAUAAUACCAUUAACUAUAAACUAUAGUUCAAUUUACAAACGAACCAAUCAAAAUUUAUAUAAAAGUAUACAUAUUUACAAAACAAGUUACAAAUAAAAACAUUAUAAUUAACUAAAAUAAAACCAACAUUCAGCAACGUCGAGGAUAUUCUGUGACAACGACUAAAAAAAGCGAAAGACUCCAAAACAAAGCCAAAAUAAUUCUGAAUUUUACAAAAAUAUCAACUUUUUAUACAUCAUUUUUGAGUGAUAGAGAAACACUCUAUUCUUAACUUUUUGAGUGUUCUUACGUCCAGAAGUAAUCAAGACUAAAGCUAAGCUAACUUUAUACAAAUUUGCAAAACCAAAUCAAAACCGUCUCAUAUAAAGUGCCUAAAAUACAAUUUCCAAUUUAAUCUUAUGAAAAUUAUUGUGAAUCAACGAAAUCAAUUAAUCAAAAUCCAUUUUUUAUUAUACCAAGUGUGAUAAGGUAUAUAAAAUUAAUAUAAAUUGGAAAAUCAUCAAUUUCCAAAUCAAAUUAAUAAAUUUUACCAAGUGGAGACGUGAGGAGGAACCCUGGACCUGGGUGGCAUCAAGAUUGAUCAACAUUUUCGCGACUGGCAAGGGUAUUCAGGAAACGGCUACACGCUGGCAGUUAACAGUAUUUGCAGUGCAGGCUUUGCCCUAUCAGCGAUGCCAUUUAUCGAUGAUGCACUGCUCUGGUGUCCGGAUAACGAUGGUCGUCUUGUUGGUGGUCUAGACUUGGCAACUUGCAUAGCCGAUGAUUCUACGGUAACUGGAACGGAUAACAUAAAUCCAACAAUCCAAUCAGCUGGCAACCCAAACAACCCCCAGCAGGCAGUGUCCAAUAUCGUAGGAUCGAAUGGAGUCGGUGGCGAGCUGAACGGGGCAGCGGCAAGAAGCGUGAAUGUGGUGGUGGAGCCGCUCUGUGGCAGCGACUCCUCCGACGAGCUCUUCCGCAGCUUCUCCGAGAGCAACUUCGAGAUCGAGAGCCUGCUGUCCGAUUUGGCGACCGUCGAGGUUAAAGUCGAAAAUGAGGAGAACAACAACAAUGUCAUCUCGGCCGCCGACAUGGUGGCGGAUGACUUCGCCAGCGUGGCCGCCGCCGUGGUGGCCGGCGACGAUCUGCUAGCCAAAGAGAACGCCCAGCUGAGUGCCCAGGGCCUGGUCGAUUCGGUGGCCGCCAGUCUGGCCGAUGGUGGCGAUGCCGCUGGCCAGCAGGCGCUUCUGGCCUUUGGCUCCUCCAACUCGGCGGCGGCUGCUGUGGCCGCGGCUGCGGCGGCUCUCUGCGGCGAUCUGAUCAACAACAACAACGCUGGCGGAGGCAGUGGAGGUGGUGGAGGCGGCGGAGGAGGCGGAGUCGGAUCAGGUCAAGGCAGUGACUGCGCCACCAAGCUGGAGUACGCCCUCAUGGGCGGACAGCCGAUGGCGGAGGAGCCACGAUUCGUCACCAGCGCCGCAGCCAAUCCCCUGCUCGUCGAGAAGCUCAUGUCCAAGUGCCUGAACAUCGAAAAGCGAAUGGAUAAGCUAAGCGACACUGAAAUUCCUAUUGUCAAACAAUCGACAAGUCCAGCACCCCAGCAGCAACACCAGCAGACACACCUGCAACAACACCAGCAACAGCAGUCCCACAAUGCAACAUCCUUCGCCGGAGCCACCACUCUGCUCCACAUCAAGACGGAACAGAAUGCGCUGCUAACGCCGCUGCAGCAACAGCAACAGCAGCAGCACAGUCUCCAUGGUGCAAACGGCAGUAAUAGUGGCAGCAAUGGCAGUGGCAGCAACAGCAACGGUCACCAGCAGCAGCAACAGCCGCUGGCCAUUCCGCACCGGCCGCUGCUGCACAAUCUGCUUAGCGGUGGCUCCAUCCACAAUCCGCACCACAGAAACUACACGACGGCCACAACAGGUUCAUUUCCGCCCAGUCCCGCAGACAGUGGCGUCUCCGAUGUGGAUAGCUCCAGUUCCGGCGGCCAGCCCUGCGCCGAUGAGCUAAAGGCGCGACUUGGGGGCAUGCCCUCGGCCGCAGCCGCAGCAGCAGCAACAUCAGCAUCGGCAGCGGCCGCAGCAGCAGCGGCGGCAGCGGCAGCAGCACACCUGCAUACGGGCACCUUUCUGCAUCCGAAUUUAUACCAGAACCAGGCGGCGAAUUCGCUGCGGAACAUAUGGAAUCGCAGUGUUGGGGUGCCUGAUAACUAUUACGGCAGCAGUGGCGCCGGCAGUGGGGGCGGCCAGCCAGGAACGCCCGGCACCGCCCAGACGCCCGGCUAUCUGACAACGUCCUACUUCAACGCACCGGCGGCAGCAGCGGCGGCGGCAACGCAGCGCGGCUCCAGCCUCAACGGCUAUCAUUCCCUGCACCAGCAGCAGCAGCAGCAACAGUCGCAACAGCAGUCGCAGCAGCAGCAGCAGCUCAACCACCAGCAGCUAACGCACCAGCAGCAACAGGCGCUGCACCAGCAACUGUCGCACCAGCAGCAACAGCAGCAGCAGCAACAACACCCGCACUCGCAGCUCAAUGGUCCGCCCUCGCAUCCGCAUUCGCAUCCACACCAGCAUCCGCACUCCCAUUCGCACCAGCAUCCGCAUCCGCACUCGCAUUCGCAUUCCACGAUCGCCAACGCAGCGGCGGCGGCGGCAGCAGCGGCAGUGGUCAGCAGCAGCAGCAGCGCCGUUGCAGCGGCGGCGAUGCUGAGCGCCAGUGCAGCAGCGGCGGCCUCUGCAUCGCAGUCGGCAUCGGCGUCGCAGUCGCAGAGCGUAAUCCAACCGGCGACGUCCAGCGUCAGCUACGAUCUCUCCUACAUGCUGGAGCUGGGCGGCUUCCAGCAGCGCAAGGCCAAGAAGCCGCGAAAGCCCAAGCUGGAGAUGGGAGUGAAGCGGCGGAGCCGGGAGGGAUCCACCACCUACCUGUGGGAGUUCCUGCUGAAACUGCUGCAGGAUAGGGAGUACUGUCCGCGUUUCAUCAAGUGGACGAACCGGGAGAAGGGCGUCUUCAAGCUGGUCGACUCCAAGGCGGUAUCCCGACUGUGGGGCAUGCACAAGAACAAGCCGGACAUGAACUACGAGACGAUGGGCCGGGCCCUGAGGUACUACUACCAGCGCGGCAUCCUGGCCAAGGUGGAUGGGCAGCGGCUGGUCUACCAGUUUGUGGAUGUGCCCAAGGACAUAGUCGAGAUCGACUGUAAUGGGGUGUAAAUAGAACAAAGGUUCUACCAUAGAUGGGAUUAAAUAUUAAAAAAAAAAAAAAAGAUUAAGAAAAAAAAAAUAAGAAAAAAUACAACCGGCUAACGGCUAGCGGCAAUAGUGGCUGAAAGCCACGCAAGGAAUCCCUUUGUACAUGUGUUGAGUUUCUUAAAAGCGUAAAUUAUAUAGCUGAUAGUCCCGAUGCGAGUACACACAUACUUACAUACAUAUACAUAUAUUCACACCCUGUGUCCUGUGCGGUCAAGUAAUGGAUCUAUUUCAUUGGCGUUAGUGUUGUACUUGUAACUGUAACUUGUAAUUUUAAUUGUAAUUUUUAAAUGUAUCGGUACGAUUAAUUAUUGAAUAUUGUUAUUAUUGGUUAUAUAUUGCUAUUGCGGAAGGACGAAGGACGACCGAAUUGAUUCUUAUUGAUAUUCGAUAUUCGAUAAAUGUGUGUAAUAUGUAAAUGAGGACAAAUUCUCUAUCUCUAUUAAUCUAAAUGUAUAUGAGUAUGUACUAUAUGCCUAGCCUAAUAUCUUUUCAACUGCCCCGACCCCCCAGCCCCGCGGCCCAAGUCUAGAUAUAUAUCUUCGAUCCCACUGGUCGCUGAUUGCUACUCUUGGGCGAAUUGUUUUUGUUGCUUAUUUUAUAGAGAAGAGAGAUGGAAAUUUUUUAAUUUCAUAGAUUUUAGAUAUUUGUAUAAUUACGAUUAGGUUAUUUAUUUAAGUGUUUCUCCAGCUAUAUCCCUUAACUUUCCUCGGAAAUGAGAAAAAAAAACACAAAAACACACUUCCUAACUGGAGCUACUGGUGGUCUAAACUUUCUUGUAAUUAUUAUUUCAUAAGUUUUGUAUAUUUUACAAUAUUCAACGGAAGAAAACUCACAGGUUAAAAAAAC